AUGGCACAAACAAGAACCGAGUCAGAUGCUUUCGGCAAUGUAGAGGUCCCUUCGGACAAAUACUGGGGAGCUCAAACUGAGCGUUCGUUGGAGAACUUCAAGAUCAACCAGCCUCAAGAUCGCAUGCCUCCUCCUAUCAUCAAGGCUUUUGGUAUCUUGAAGGGUGCAGCUGCAACUGUCAAUAUGCAAUUUGGACUUGACCCAAAGCUCGGAAAAGCUAUCCAACAAGCCGCUAAAGAAGUCGCAGAUCUGAAGUUGCUCGAUCAUUUCCCUCUUGUCGUUUGGCAAACCGGCUCCGGUACCCAGUCGAACAUGAAUGCUAAUGAGGUUAUCUCGAACCGGGCUAUUGAAAUCUUGGGCGGAACUAUGGGAAGCAAAAAGCCGGUUCAUCCCAACGAUCACGUUAACAUGUCAGCCUCUUCAAACGAUACCUUCCCUACUGUUAUGCAUAUUGCUGCGGUCCUCGAAAUCGAAAAUGAGCUCCUUCCCGCAACCAAGUCCUUGCGAGAUGCUCUCCAAGCUAAAGUGGAUGAAUUUCAAGCAAAGAACAUCAUCAAAAUUGGACGAACCCAUUUGCAAGACGCAACACCUCUUACCCUCGCCCAAGAGUUUUCUGGAUAUGUCGCACAACUUGAUUAUGGUAUCGAGCGGGUCGAGUCGUCUCUGCCCCACCUCAGACUUUUAGCACAAGGAGGAACUGCUGUAGGUACUGGUAUUAAUACUUUCAAGGGAUUUGCAGAGGCUAUCGCCGAGGAAGUUACCAAGAUGACCGGCACACAAUUCACCACUGCACCUAACAAAUUUGAAGCUCUUGCCGCUCAUGAUGCCAUUGUUCAAGCAUCUGGCUCCCUCACUACCCUUGCAUCAUCUCUCUUCAAGAUUGCUCAAGAUAUCCGAUACCUGGGAUCCGGUCCUCGAUGCGGUCUCGGCGAGCUUGCACUCCCUGAAAACGAACCUGGAAGUUCCAUCAUGCCUGGUAAAGUUAACCCAACUCAAUGCGAAGCCAUUACCAUGGUAUGUGCCCAAGUGAUUGGAAACGGUACUGCUACAACUAUUGGUGGUAUGAACGGACAGUUCGAGUUGAACGUCUUCAAGCCAUUAGUUAUCAGAAAUUUGUUACACAGUGUUAGAAUCUUGAGUGAUGGAAUGAGAAGCUUUGAGAAGAACUUGGUAGUUGGGUUACAAGCCAAUGAGGAGAAGAUCCAAAGUAUUUUGAAAGAAUCUCUCAUGUUAGUCACCUGCCUGAACCCAAAGAUUGGUUAUGACAUGGCUAGUAAGGUAGCCAAGAACGCGCACAAGAAGGGAUUGACUUUGAAAGAAUCGGCGAUGGAGUUGAAGGCUCUCAGUGAAGAGGAUUUUGAUAAGUUGGUUAGACCAGAAUUGAUGGUUGGACCAGAGGAUUACAAGAAAUAA